ACUUGAUUAGGUGUUGCAGCUGUGUGGUACGGUGCCGUGUUCCAAACAUAAUUGGAACGGGCGUUCGUGCCAAGAACUACGUAGCAACGUGACGUCAGAUGGCUGAUAGGAACUACGUUUACGACCCCGUCGACAACGGCGAGCCAGUGCAUCAACAAACGUUCAGGAUGGAGGCAGGCCAGCUCUGGCGACAAUAUGUCAUCGCAGGCGUCGCGAAUAUACUGAUCGCGUCGCUGGGGUACAGCAUGGGUUGGACAGCUCCCAUCAACUCUAAGCUCAACAACACGGCCGAAUCCCCUCUCGAAGUACCACCCACGGCUGACCAGCUCGCGUGGAUGGGCUCACUUCUAACCGUUGGCGCUAUAUUCGGUCCCUUCGUAGGCGGUUUAGCAGCAUCAACAAUUGGCAGAAAAUGGGGUCUGUUGUCUUCAACAAUACCUCUGUUCGCUGGUUGGGUCCUCAUUGCCAUUGGCACCAGCAUGGGACUCCUGAUCGCCGGCAGAAUACUUUGGGGUGUUUCCGUUGGAAUGGUGUUCACAAUAUCACCGAUGUAUUGCGCGGAAAUUGCAACGGAUGACAGCAGAGGAGCUUUAGGUUCCUUCCUGCAGCUCUUCAUAACCCUGGGGUUCUUGCUUGUGUACGGCAUCGGUCCCUUCAUCUCCUACUCAGCUGUUGCAUAUGUUGGAGUAGCAUUUGUUGCCGUAUUCGCGAUCCUGUUCUUCUUCAUGCCGGAAUCACCAACAUAUCAUCUUCUGAAGGGUGACAGAGCUGCCGCUGCUGAUUGUUUGGCCACAAUCCGGGGCCGGUCUCGAGCUGGCGUAGAAGCUGAACUGAGCCUGAUGGAAUCAGAGGUCAAAGCUUCCAUGGCGAAGACUGCCACGAUCGCCGACGUGUUUCGUGGCAGUAAUUUCAAAGCGUUCUACAUAUCUUGCGCGCUUGUCUUCUUCCAACAGUUCAGUGGUAUCAACGCUGUACUCUUCUACAUGACUGAUAUCUUCGACGCCUCUGGAUCAAGCAUUGAGUCUUCUAUCGCUACUAUCAUUAUUGGUGCUGUACAGGUCCUCGCGUCUUGUAUCACACCAUUCGUUGUGGACAGACUAGGAAGACGGAUUCUGCUUCUUAUUUCAUGUUGCGGUACUGCUAUUGGACUUGGUCUUCUUGGAAUGUUCUUCCUACUGCAAGAUCAAAAGAGUCCUAUAGUUGACUCCAUCAGCUUCAUACCAAUUCUAUCCUUGGUGCUCUUCAUCGUAACGUACUGCUGGGGUCUGGGGCCACUCCCAUGGGCGGUCAUGAGCGAACUAUUUCCCAUCGAGGUGAAAGCCGCCGCUUCACCCAUUGCCACUGCUUUUUGCUGGGUCAUGUCCUUCCUAGUGACUCGCUAUUUCCCUACGAUAUCGAAUGCGGUGGGAAUGUUCGUCGGAUUCUGGAUCUUCGGCGUAUGUUGCGUGGUGGCGUUCUUCUUCACACUCUUCAUGGUUCCCGAAACCAAGGGGAAGAGCUUCCAGGAGAUUCAAGAGAUGCUUGGAGGGGGGAAACCAAAAAUGGGGAAAGCGUAAUGAUUGCAGUCAGCUUAGUAAAGUUCAAAUUGUAGUAAAAUUUUAUUAAUGUUGAAUGUAUGGGACCAACUAUGUUGACGUCACUUUGUUUAAACCUACUCAAUGACAUUCUACACAUAUAAAGACAUAUCAUUAGCAGUCUGAUAGCGGAACGGUCAAAGUGUGCUUAAAGACAAUGUAAGCACACUUUUCUCUAGUCACCAAACAGACACCAGAGUCAUGACGCGUCCGAGCUGGUCUCGCCGCCAAAUUAGUUGCGUAACCAAAUGGACACCAGGUAAGUAACUCCCUACAGAGCUGUAUAUAUUUUGUUGGUAGCGACGACUGGUAGUGCCACCGUGGUGUCCCGGUGAUACAUAAAACUUAGACGUGUGUUAACUGUCACUGUCUGAAUCAAACCUUAUCUAAAUAAAUGUUCUACAUUGCUGCUUGUUGACCAAGAAUAUUUUAAACGACUGGAGUAAAUGCGGCAAUGUAUAGAUACAGCAGUUGAAGCUUAUUCUGGCAUGUUCCAUAUUUCGGCUUUGUUUUAAUACGUCGUGAAUUGUCUAUAUGUAUAGAAUGUCAUUGAAAGUACCGAACGUUGUUAUCUGUGUGUAAGUUAAAUAUUAUAUAGCUAUAUCUGACCUACUAAAACCCUGUUCUGCUGUUCCUAAUAAACACACAGGACUGCGAAUAUACGAGAAAAAUAAACCAAGAAUACCGUUGCAAACGUAUCAUAUUAGAUUUAUAAUAUAAUGUUUUAAGUUCUUUUAUUUCGCAGUUAAAAUUCAAAAUGGCAUAUCAGAUAUGCAAUCGUUGGCUCCUAAUUAUUAUUAACUGACUAUUAGCAAUUCAUAUCGAUUCAAAUGUUACAUUUUAUUAUGGAUAGAUAGGUACUUAAGAUAAAAUAUUACUGUUGAUAAUUUUAUAUUAUACUGAGUACAAAUAGGUAGGUAUUAUGUUAAUAUUACUAAAAUUGUAUAAUAGAAUACCAACUGACUGUUAGUAAUUUUUUAAAGGUUUUGCGCAAACUAACACCCGAUUCAAAAUAUUAUUGAAUAUUAGUUAAUUAAUUAAUAUAUCAUUAAGGGUAUGUUCCGAUAUGCACUGCGACCACUGUACAGUGUGACGUCAAUUUAGUAUACUGUGAAGCCGUUCCUUUAUAGCCAGUUAUACUGGUUACUAUUUAAAACGGAACGCAAUCCAGUAAACUGUCAGCCGCAUUUUUUGACGCAGCAUUCAAAUAAGUGUAUUAAAGUUUUCUAGUUCAUUAAAAAAAACUGUUUCCACUCGACAUUGGCGAAAUAAUUUGCGCCCGACUGGUGCAGCCACACGCUAUAUCACAAAAUUGAAUUGAAUUGAAAAAAAAAACUGUUGAUGGAGUACUGUCAAAUUAAAAAGAUUUGGAAUUAAUCUGUAGGUAUUGUUUAUAAAACGUUAGACACUCAAGUGGUUUUGACUGAUCACGUGAUCAAAGUACUGCGAGUACCUUAUCCCGAAAACGCCAGUGCUCACACAUGAUAUAUUUCCCUAGGGUACUGCGGCAGUAUACUGGCAGUCCAUAACGAAACGAAUUUUUGUACAGUUAUACCACUGUGCAGUGCUCGCAGUGCAUAUCGGAACAUACCCUUAGUGUUACAAAGGGGUGUUUUAUAUUCAAAGCCUGUAUAUGUAUAUAAUUGAAUUACCUAACCAGUUUUAAUAAGAAUAUAUUAAUAUAUUUGUAUUAGAAUAUUUGAACAGUAGGUGUUUAAGCACUAAAAUAUAUUUAGAUAUUAUAAAUCUAUUGAAAUCAAUAUGGCAAUUACUUUAAUGUACAAUAUGUACAAUAAUAUAAUAACACUUUACCGGCUGCAAAUUCCUAUAAGAUAUUUUUUAUUAAGAAAUAUUUUAAUGCUUGAAAUUUGUUUCGUUUUUACAAUCAUAAUCAGUUAUACUUUCAAAACGUAAUUCGUCUGUUUAUUUCUACUAAGUAAACAAGUCCCAACAUUUUUUAAAAAUAUAUUAAAUUUGCUAGAAUCUAAAUGUAUAAUUAUCUUAAGCACAUUAAACUGUAACAUUAUAUCGAAUAGUUUAUAGUAAAGCGUUGACUUUUGAAUACUAACACUUAAUCACAAAGAACUCUGUGAUACUUUUCUGAUAUAAAACUAUACCCUGGUGACGAAAGAGAAUCAAGAAAAGAAAGAAAGAAACAAGAAUAUAGUGUUAUUGAGUACUCACACAUUUUACUCAAGUUUUCAGCUAUUUAGAGACCUAGUUUUAGAUUUUUAUAAAUAUUUUAUUUACUAUAUACUUUGAAUACGUCACUAUAUCACAAAGUUUAGGUCAAUUCCCGAGAUUGAAUCAGCUUCGUGACCAGAAUAUAGUAUAUUAUAUAUGUACCUACUAAGUUUAGGAAUAAAUAUGUUAGACAUAUAUUUAGCGCACAGAAAAGCCCGUUGAUAAAAAACAACUUCUAAAGUUAAAUAGUUAAAUUUAAUGACGAAUUUACGCAAUACCAAAGUGCUAGUUGUAUUGCUAGUUCAAAACUAGUAUAAUUAUUUAUAUAUAUUGUAUUUUGUUAAUUAAAAUUAGAUUUGAUAAGUGCCAGUACAAGUGCCUAUAUUAUUGUGAGACAUUUUUAAGAAUAAAUUAUUUUAUUUA